UAAACCAACAAAAAAAAUCAUUGCAAACAAACAAAAUGCAUAUCAGUUUAUCAAUAAUUAUUGCUUUAAUUUCUUUGAUAAUAUGCCACUAUACCCUGGGUCAAAAUCAGACAUCACCACAAUCUGGUGUGGGAUUAUCGCCAACUGUCACACAAAACGGUGGCGGCAAUCAAGUUGUCGGUAUCGGUAACAGCAACUCAUCAGGUACUACAGCUAAUGGUUUAUCAAACAAUCCGCAACCGGCAAAUAAUACACAGCCGGCUAACGGUGCCAACAAUAACCCUAAUCCCACUAAUGGUCCGAUUGUACCGAUUGGUAAUACAGGUGCCGGUUAUAAUAAUGGUUAUUAUCCGACAGGAUAUUAUUAUCCAAACGGUUAUGUAUAUCCAUAUUAUGGUUAA